AGGACCUCAUGUGUUUAUACUGGUGCUGCAGCCUGACGGUUUCACAGAGGAGGACAGACACAGAGUGAAAGCCAUUCUGAACUCUUUCAGUGAUCAGGCCCUGAACUACACCAUGGUAAUAACAACAGGCAAAACUGUGGAGAAUGACAGUAAUCCUUCAAGUCAAAUCAUUGAAGAAUGUAGGAAGAGAACACACGAAUUAGAGUCACAUGGCUUCAGCGGGCACCCUCCAUUCUUUGAGAAGGGAUCUGGUCAGCGCUCGCAACUCUUUGAGAAGAUAACAGAGAUAGCGAGAGAGAAUGGAGGGUAUCUUACCUGUGUGAGAUCUGAGAAGUCAUUCAGAGGCACAAUCCUGUAUGAUGACAAAACCACAGCAGAACGACAAAGGGGAACUGUACUGGAGAAGGCAACAGAUGAUGCAGGAGGAGACAGAGACAAAAAGAUGAACAAGAGUGGAAGAAUGGAUGAGGAAGAAGAAAAAGUUUCAGAAUGUGUCCUUCCAAGACUGAACCUGGUGUUGUGUGGGUGUGCUGGAUCAGUGAAGAUCUCCAUAUCAGAGUUCAUUCUGGGCCAGAGAGAGUCCAGUCCAGAGUCCAGCUCAGUGUGUGUGAGGAGGGAGGGAGAAGUGUGUGGACGCCUGCUCACCCUGGUGGAAAUGCCAGCUCUGUACAACACUCAGCUCUCAGAGGAGGAAGUGAUGCGUGAGACUCUCCGCUGUGUCUCUCUCUGUGAUCCUGGAGUCCAUGCUUUCCUCCUGCUCAUUCCUGAAGACUUCCUCACUGAUGAAGACAAAGGAGAAAUGGAGAAGAUUCAGACAAUAUUCAGCUCAAGAGUCAAUGAUUACACCAUGGUCCUGAUAAAUCAGAAACCUAGACAGGAAGCGACAGAAUUAGAUGAGCCAACCCAGACAAUCAUCAGUCCCUGCAGGGGAGGACAUCAGUUCUUGGGUUCCAGUUCACAGGUGUCAGAGUUACUGAAGAAUGUUGACAAACUGGUGGAACAGAACAGAGGAAGUCUUUACACAUCAGUCAUGUACCUGGAAACACAACUGAAGAAAUUUAAGAUGGAAAACGAAGACAUGAAGAGAAAAAUGAAGACAAUGGAGGAAAAGAUUAAGAAUCAGAUAACAGAUCUCGGCUGUCUGAGAAUAGUGCUGGUGGGGAUGACUGGUGUUGGGAAGAGUGCCACAGGAAACACCAUCCUGGGAAAAGAUGUUUUUAAAGAGGACAUGAGUCAUGAAUCAGUGACUAAAACAUGUCAGAGAGAGAUGGCUGAAGUCAAUGGAAGGCAGAUAACAGUGAUUGACACACCAGGACUGUUUGAUACAAGAACUGAUAAAGAAGAAAUUAAGACAGAGAUCAGUAAAUGUAUCACCAUGGUAACACCAGGGCCACAUGUGAUUAUACUGGUGUUAGCAGUUGGACGUUUUACUAAAGAAGAGAAAGAGGCAGUGAAGAUUAUUGAAGAAACUUUUGGAGACAAAGCCGGAGUGUACACUAUGGUCCUGUUCACUAAAGCAGAUCAGCUAAGGAAGAAAACCAUAGAACAGUAUAUAGGAGACCCUGGAACUGACUUAGGGAAUCUGAUUGACCAGUGUGGUAACAGAUACCAUGUGUUUAACAACACAAAUCCCAAUAACCAAACUCAGGUUGUGGAACUCCUGGAGAAGAUAGACACCAUGGUGUCAGAGAAUGGAGGGACCUUCUACACUAAUGAGAUGUUCAGACAGGUAGAGGAACCUCUCCAAGAGGAAAAGGAGAGAAUACUGAGAGAGAGAGUGGAGGAGAUAGAGAGAGAGAAAGAAGAACAGAAGGCUGAAUAUGAGACAGAGAUAGAGAGAAUGAAAGAGACAAUGGAGGAGGAGAGAAAGAGACAGAGUGAAGAGAGGAAAAGAAAGGAGGAGGAAUUUACAGAGAAAGAACAAGGACUGAAAAGGGAGAUGGAAGAAAGAGAGAAAGAUUAUGAAAGAAGAAAAGAGGAGGAUGAGAAAAGGAUGAAAGAAUGGGAGAGAUGA